UCUCCCGCUCUCACCGAAUCUUUGUUCAUUCAUUCAUUGCUUUGCUUUGCUGUUCCGAUCUUUUCUCUUUCUUCUCCUAAACCCUACCUUGUUCUACUGCCACCAUUUUCGUUCUGCUUCCUACACUCUAAUGCUACUUCCCAACAUUCCCCCCUUUUCCUCUCCGCUUUUUCACCUUUGAAAGUUCCAACGUUGUACCUGUUCCCGCCCCAGGAUUCACGCCACCAACAAUUUACCGGGUUUGACUUACCUGAAUGACACUAAGCUGCUGAUACUUGUUUAUGCGGAAGCAAGUGAUGAUGGAGAGUUUAGUUGUUAUGGAUUGCUGUGAGUGCCCAGGUGAUAAUGGUAAGGAAAAUGGAGGUAGUGAAAAUGGUAUAGAAAAUGAGAGUUUAGGUGAUCAUAUACUCGAGGAAAUGGAAUCCUUCUGGUUGGAUAUCGAUGAGAGGUUGACCAUUUCUAGGAUGGUGAGUGACUCUGUCAUAAAGGGCAUGGUUAAUGCCAUAGAGCAGCAGGCAGCUGAGAGAAUUGCACAGAAAGAACUGGAGGUGGUUGAGCUAAAGAAAAUGCUUCAUAAUGGCCAUGUGGGUCCUGAUGAAACUAAAACAUUGUGCUCUUUGGCAACUUAUCUUCAUGAUCCUGGUGAUGCCGGUGCAUAUAAUCUUUCAAAUGGUGUUGUUGCGGAAUCCAUGGACACUCUUCAAAUUUCAGUGGAUGAGAAAUUAAAUCAGCUCAAGAAAGAAAUAAAUAAAAUAAGAUGCUCUGGUUCCAUGAGAAGAAUUGGUUCAGGAGCCGACAUUGUGGGUUUAGGUGGUAUUUUGGACGAGAGUGUACCAGAAAGAUGGAUUUAUGUUGAUAAAAUUUUUGAGAGUCUAAGAGAUACUCUUGACGGUUUCUGCUUAAGAAUGCAAUUGAUUGAUCAGUUAUCAAUGGCGUCUCUUUCUGAAUGGCGGCAGGAGCAUGAGUUUCGGUCAGAGGUUGAAAGGAUGGUAAUCAGCAAUUGUAUUAUGGGUCUGCAGCAGGAUUUUCAACAUAAACUGUUGGACCUUUAUGACUUAGAAAGUAGAAAUUGUUUUAGCCAACACAAAGAUAUCUCUAAUUUGCGCCAGGAAUUGAAUUCAAUUUUUAAAAUACUAUCUGCUUCUGAAACCGGGCUUCUUAUUUCCCAUGGUUCCCUUGAGAAUGGGGAGGAAUGGUGUGUUAAUAAGAGGGCUGAUCAUUUCCACUGGAAGAUUGCAACAAAUCAUUCAUCACCGUCAACUUUGGAAGAAAAUGGCAAACAUGAGGACCCAAAGGAGAGCGACGCUGAGCACUUGGAUCCUUCCAUAUUACAGCACUUGAAUAGAGAUGAGUUGAUUACCCAUGUUAAUUCUGAGAUAACGAAGAUGAAAAGAGACCAUGAAUCUCAAGUGCAAGAGAUGACUGAAGAAAACUUUCGCCUUAGGCGGGAAUUGUUGAAUUUGAAAGGAGGUUCUUCUUUAUCAUUGAAGAAGGACAAAGACUUUGAUUUGUUGAAGAAAAAAAUUCCUACUGUCAUCUCAAAAUUGGAUGAAAUUCUUGUUGGAAAUGAAAAAAUGCAUCAACUCACCGAAAGCUUUGAAUCUCUUAGCAUUCUGAAGGAUAGAUUGGAUACCUUAGACUUGGAGAAUCAUCAACUGAAGGACAUGCUGACAGAUAAGGAAAAGGAAGUCAAGAAUCUUUCUUCUCAGCUUUCUGCAGCUCUGGAGAAAUUGUCACAACAGCAUCUGGCUGAGAAAAAAAUGUCACAAACUAUUCAGAAGCUCGAGGAUGAUAUAGUGGAUGCAAAUGCCGGAGUUUCAAUUAUUCAAGGUAUAUAUAAAUCUCUCUUUGAUGGUAUUGCGAGUGGUUUCAGAUGCAUCACUGAGGAGUUACAUCUGAAGAACAUUAUCAUGGAAGAAAUAUAUGAAAUAAUGUUAAAAGAAGUUGCUUACAAUGCUCACGCUUCUAGUAGGUUUGAAAUUGAGGAUGCAGAUAUGGAGUCAACUAUGGUGCAAGGACUAUUGGAUAUUAAUCAUAUUAUAUUUAGAGAAUCUUUGGUGGGUGCAGAAAGAGCGUUAAAAUUGGAAGCUGGUGAGAAAGAGGAACUAAAACAAGGAAUGCUUAUGUUGACAUCAAAAGUGGAAGAGAAGGAGAAAUCAGCACAGGAGGCAGCAUAUGCAUUGAUACAAGAGAAGCAAAAUAUGGAGUUGGUCACUGAACAGCUUAAGAUUUUGAGAGAUGAGACAGCUUGGCAACAGAAAACAAUUGCAGAGAACAAUAAAGAGCUGAGUGUCACUAAGGGUCACCUGGAUGCAGCAUCCAAGGAAAUUGAACUAUACAAGAAGCAAAUAUGCAAGUUACAUGAGGAUCAUGAACAGAUCAUGAAUGAGCACAGAGAAAGUGAUGAAGAAAGAAGGGUGCUUCGCCUUGUUACGAAAGACCAACAAGAUGCACUAACACUUAUUGAGGCUAAAGAAAUGGAGACAAGGAGGCAAAUGGAAUCAACCAUUCAUCUCGUUCAUAAGUUGUCCUCAGAGGUUACUGCUUUUGAAGCUAGAGUAAAUGGUGAUAUUUCUAGAAGUUUGUUGAGGCUUGAUAACAUGAGUUCAGAGUUCUCACGCUUAAAAAACAAAGCCAACAUACUUAAAACUGUGGGUUUUGUGUACAAGAGAAGGCUAGAAACAACUAACUCUAAUCUUGCAAAGGCUGAAGCAGAGGUUGAUCUUUUGGGGGAUGAGGUUGAUACUCUUCUUCGCCUCCUUGAAAAGAUAUGCAUUGCUCUUGAUCAUUAUUCGCCCAUAUUGAAGCAUUACCCAGGGAUUCUUGAGACUCUGGAGCUUGUAAGAAGAGAACUGGAUCAACAGAUCAGAAAACGUGUUUGAGAUGGGCCAGGUACCAAAGUUGUAUAGUUUGUUCACAAAAAGUUUACAAAGCAGGAUUUUUUGUUCUCCUAAAUGGAAAAAAGGAAAUUCAGCAACAGAAAAGAUUCCACAACACAAACCUUUGUUUUUGCCAUACACACUGAUGCUAUAUAUUAUGGUCUAGGAGACAUGAUAGGUUCCAUUGCUCGUAGUAAACAACAAAUUAGUCUUCUCUUUCUGUGAUCGUAGUUUGUUAAUGGCAUUCUGUACAUGUUCUUAUUGUAGAAUAGAUGUGAUAUGUGAAUUAUUUAUUAGAUAAUUUUACAAUUACUAGCAUUAA